AAAUUUUUUAAAAAUGGAAGAAAUGAAACAGAAAUUGGAAGAAAUUACAGCACAAAAUCAAGAAAUUGAUAAGGAAAAUGAACAAAUUUUGGAAAGAAGAACGAAGUUGAUGAAACAGAUAUCAGGCUUGGAUGGUGCAGGGGAUUUGAGUUGGGCUGGUGCAGGAAGUGUGAAAAAGAGAAUCCUUGACAAAGAGGAAAUUGUAAAAGAUCUUAGCAACGAACUGUAUGUGAAAAAGAAGCAAAAUGAGACAUUACUAAAAACAGUAAACGAGCUCAAAACAAAGCUGAAAAAUCUUGAAGAUAUUGAAAAUAGACACACUGAGCUUCAAGAAGAGACACAAAACUUCACCUAAAAGCCCUCACACCCGCCACUGCUUCUCUCUUCACAAAUAAACUCAACUACGCCCUCCAAUUCCUCAAAACCAACAAGGACUUCCUCAAGUCCCUCUACCCCCCUUCUUCCCCUCCAAAUCCCCAAGACCAGAACCCCACUGCCCCAUACCUUGUGUCAUUACAGAAGAAAAAUACUGAAUAUGAACAAAGCAUAGCCCAACUUACCCAAACUAAGAAGAAGAUGCAAGAAUUUAUGCUAAACAAUUGUACUGAAGACUCAAAUGGCCAGUCUCCUCCUGUUCCAAAGAGAGGUACUAAGGAGGGGUUGCAAUAGAGAAACCUGAUGUUUGAUUUAAUAUUGUAUAAUCA